AGGUUAAAAUGAGUGGUCCAGAUCUCAAGAUCUGUCAAUUCUGGACCCAGAAAUCGGAUAGGGUUUCAAUUCUUUUGGAGGAGGAUAUAAUGGACACGCAAACCCCACACUUUUUUCUUUAGUCACCCUCAAGAUUUGAACUAACCACCAAUCCCCUAUUGCAAAAAUCAAACCCCCAAAAGUUAGUCUAGGUCACCACAACAAACUCCAUCUCCUACUUUAUAUAUAUCAUCUCUCUCUCUCUCUCUCUCUCUAUAGCUACAUCUCAAUUCUCAAAUCCUAACGCACAAACUACACAAGUUUUUUUUAGAUCAUCCUACAUCAUUUGAAUCCAUGGAUUGGUUCUCAUGGCUGUCGAAAACCGGCCUAGAGCCGUCGCUUGUGUACGAGUACGGCCUCGCUUUUGCUCACAAUGAGCUAGAAGAAGAGGACAUAAUGUACUUUAACCAUGAGUUUCUUCAAAGCAUGGGAAUUUCCAUAGCCAAACACAGGCUAGAGAUCCUCAAGCUUGCAAGAAAAGCAAAGGGCAUGAACACUCCGCGUCCGAUGCGAAAGCUUUUGGUGGCAAUCAAGAGGACUAAGAGGUGUUUAUCCGAGUACAUACGCACGUGGAUUCACCGGGAUCGGGACUCAACGGCGCUGGCGCUCGUGACAAGGCCAAGCAAUUACAGGACAAGGUUUAGAGGAGCCAUGCUGAAGAGGAACAAGAAGUUGAUCACGGCCAAGCAAGGCAGCCGGUUGCUGCUCACAAAUGGGAGUCCUCUGGUGGUUUCCGCCGGACCCCAUCAUGUCGAUAGCUUUUCGAGUCCGGUGGUGUAUGAUUUACGGAAGGAGGAAAAGAUGAUGGAUGGUGAUGAAGCAAAUGAUGAUGGUUAUUGGUGUACUGGAGUUGAAGAGUUCAGGUGGGAUACUAUGUUCCAGGACUUGAAACCUACUUGAAAUUUUUAUUUUUUAUUUUUUUUGAAUUUUAAUAUUUCUCCUAAUUUGGUUAUAAUAUUUUUUUCCCUUUUUUUUAUUUAUUUAUGAUAUUAAUUUAAUGGUGAGAGAUGGGUUUUUAGGGUUCUUUCCACCAAGAUUUUUUGUUUUUGGGUUAGCUUUUUCCCUAGGUGGGUCUAGUUAGGGAACGAAAUUGCCUCCCCUGUGUUUUUUUGUAUGUCACUUGUCUCUAUCUUUGAAUAUCAUUCAAAGCAUCUAGUGUCUUUGUGAAAGCUAUGAUUUUGUCAGGCGUGCAAAGCAGCCUAUUGUCAUUUCACAUCACAUAUAGUUUUUACAAGUAUGAAUGUCCGCGCUUUGCUGCGAGUUUUAAGAACACCGAUUAAGAUAAUACUAUUUAACAUAAGAUAAGUUUUAUAUAUCAAUAUUUAAA